AUGGCGGUUCAAAGUCUCUUUUCAUCAUGGCACCGCACUCAGGUCUUAGACUACGGUGCAGUUAAGGAUGAUCCACCCUCCCGAGCAGAACGGCCAAGUCUCUCCGAUGUUGUGGCUUCAAAACGUUUUCGCUGGCUAGCGGGGAUUUUGGUUGGAGCGCUUUUGUUGCUUUUUGUUCUCGACAGCUUUGUCCAGGUCUCGAGGUUGCGACACCCUGCCUCAUCGUCAAACUGGGCGUUGAAUCAGUGCAAACCUGCGACGAGCCAUGCAGACGUAGACUGGUCACGAUUUGCUUACGUGCAGUAUGCCACCAACACCCCAUAUCUCUGCAAUUCGGUCAUGGUGUUCGAGAGGUUGCAGUAUUUGCAAAGCAAAGCUGACCGCGUCUUGUUGUACCCCUCCGAAUUGUUGGAUCCUAUGGCGAAAAGUGGGAACACCAAAGAUGCUUCACUGCUUAUCCACGCCAGGGAUACCUACGGCGUGAAACUGGUUCCCAUCACUGUUCAACACAGAAAGGGCUCAGAUCCCACAUGGGCCGAAUCUUUCACUAAGCUCCUAGCCUUCAAUCAGACCCAGUACGACCGAGUUCUGUCUAUUGACUCUGAUUCUACCCUACUUCAGAACAUUGAUGGGCUUUUCCACUCGCCGCCAGCUCCGGUAGCUGUACCGCGGGCCUACUGGCUCUAUCCAGAAAAGAAGAUAGUCGCUUCACACAUUAUGCUCGUGCAGCCCAGCGUUGCCGAGUUCUCUCGGAUAGUAGCAAAGGUAGAACGCGCUGAGAAAGAAGAGUAUGACAUGGAAAUUAUCAAUGAUCUGUACAAAGACAGCGCCAUGAUUCUUCCUCACCGACCAUACGGGCUGUUGACCCGGUCCUUUGGUGGUGAUCAUCAAGACUACUACCUCGGGAACGAUAAGGAGAUUUGGGACGCGGUGACUGUCUUCAACGAAGCCAAAUAUCUUCACUUCUCUGAUUGGCCCAUGCACAAGCCUUGGUUAAAAUCCUCCGAGAGUCUUAUCAAGGAGAGGCAACCCGAUUGCGUCAUGAGAAAUGGAACUGAGGAUUGUACCGCGCGAGAGCUAUGGCAUAGCUUCUACACAGACUUCAGAGCACGCAGGACUGCAACCUAUAACCAGGUGCAUGAGGCCAACGGUACUUAA